AUAGGGAGAAACUCUAAUUAAAAUCUCUUAUUAGUCGCGUCUCUCCGCGCGAGAAACUCAGUGGAUGAUGGAUGCGAUAGAAGAAUCUGUGGAGUACCAUGAUGCAAACGACGGUAAUAUGUUCCGUUUACUCGAGGACGACCAUCAUGGGUGUAGUAACCAAGUCGUGCCCCAGAAGAAGAAGAAGAAGCUCAGUGAUUGGGAAGUGUCUUUUGCCAAUGUUGCGGCAAAGAUGGGUCCUUCAGAUCUAGCGGAUUUCCUCGACAAAGUUCCGGACAAGUAUCCGCCUGUGCCCAUGUUUCGGCUAACGAGAUUUCUCGAUUACUAUGACACUGCACUUUCCGGAGUAUCAUGUCCAUGGUGUGAGAUGUUCAAGGACUCUAAUUUGGCCAGCCUGAUCGAUGUUCCGUUAUGCCAUAUUCCUGAACCUGUCCUCCGAACAUCAGUUGAAUGGCUCAACCAACAAGUUCCAGAGAGAAUUCGCUGUGACUUUGUAAUGUUGACAUUUAAUUAUAUAUUCUCUUAUUUGGUUACACCAGCAAAAGACUUUGUUCCCAGGAGUGAACUGAUAUUCAUAAUGGGCAAGACUAAGAUGGCAAUGUUUGUUACAUUAGCAAUGAUAUUGCGUAGCAAACCUCAUGUCUUAACUAAGGUUUUGCCCUCUCUGAGGAGGUUUGCGCCUUUCUAUAAAGUACCUGGCCAGAUUCCGCUUACACUUUGGUUCAUUACUCAGGCCUCCAAAGAUGAUUUAUCUCUAGGCUUGCUUUCAUGGGCGCAUAACUUGUUACCUCUAGUCGACAGCCAUCCUCAGUCAACAGAUGCCAUCCUCGACUUUGUCGAGAAGAUUUUGGCCAAACCCGAUGAUCUGGCCAGAACUUUAAAAGCUCCUCUCUGGGAGGGAGAGGAGCUUAUUCCACCUCAUUCAUUUGAGAUCUUGCUUCGGCUUACAUUCC